UAAACAUUACCAUUACAGAAAUAUUUAGAAAUGGAUAAUGAAAUAAAGUGUUAAUUAAAAAAAUUGUGCACAAUGGGUUGUUGUGGUAAUAAUGAGGCUGAACCAAUUGAAUUAAACCAGCAUGGUGUUGAGGAUAAGGAGCCUGCUGGACAAUAUGGUAAAUCAAGGAAGUAUGACCCCAAUUUUAGUGGACCGAUUAAAAAUAGGAGUUGCACUGAUAUCAUAUGUUGUGUUCUAUUUUUACUGUAUUUCAUUGGGAUGCUAGCAGUUGGUAUUCUAGCAUAUAGCACUGGAGAUCCUACAAAAUUGUUAUAUCCCACUGAUUCCCAUGGUGAGACUUGUGGUGAAGGAAAGCAUGCCGAUAGAAAGAAUUUGUUUUAUUUCGAUCUUUUGGAAUGCAUUCCCAAAUCGAUCAGCGAAAUUUACAGUUUGACAGCCUGCAAAACACAUCAGAUUUGUGUGAAGAAUUGUCCAACCGACAAUACAUACUCCAAAACAGCUGAUAGAGACAAGUUGUAUUGCAAAUAUGAUGCACAAUCGAAAGUGAAAACAAUGUCAAGUGAUGAGAUUGCGAAAAACUGUGCCAAGUAUACACUUCAAAGUACAGAUUUGGCGUACAGAUGUGUUCCGACUUUGGUUGGUGGUAGUCUGUCUAACUUUUUAAAAAGCAAUACCAUUAAUACAGAUGGGAAGAAUUUAACAGUUGAAAAUAUCAAGUGGGGAACAAUUGCUCAGAGUGUGUUGGUAAAUAUUCAAAACACAGGCCGAAAGGUUGUAGCAGACGUUCAGGAAUCUUGGUAUUGGAUUCUCGCUGGAUUUGGUAUCACCAUGAUCGUGGCUUUUAUUUACAUCUUAAUUAUGAGAUGGGUGGCUGGUUUAAUGGUUUGGCUGACGACAUAUGCAGUGUUGACCAUCAUUGGAUAUUGUACGUAUUAUUGUUACACAGAAUAUGAUAGAUUAGCAUCUACAGACACGAGUGAUAUUGGAUUCGACUUUGUCACUAAUCUUGACAGCUACAGCGACAAGAAAGAGACAUGGCUGGUGCUGGGAAUUAUAUGCGCUAUUAUUCUUCUGGUUAUUUUGUUGUUGUUGUUGGCGUUGCGUAAAAGAAUACAGAUUGCCAUUCAGCUUAUUAAAGAAGGAAGCAGAGCACUAACCGCUAUGAUUUCCACGUUGUUUUUCCCCUUACUUCCAUGGCUGAUGCAGCUAAUUUUGUUUUGUUGGUUCGUGGCUGUACUGGCUUUCCUCGUCACAGCAGGUGAUGCUGAGUUUGAGCAGGUCAACAAUGGAACUUUUUCUAAAAUUGCGUGCACAGCAACGGACGCUAUCAAUGACUGGAUCCCAGGCUCCAAUGAUACCAUCUCUUGCAACUUUAAGAAAUAUGUAAACAAUGACAAUAUCCUUCGCCUUCAAGUGUUUCAUCUUUUUGGGUGGUUUUGGAUUAUGAAUUUUAUUGUUGCGUUUGGUCAAUGUGCUUUAGCAGGUGCAUUUGCAUCGUGGUAUUGGGCGUGGGACAAGAAAACGGACGUGCCUACUUUGCCAGUACUGAUGUCUGUUGGGCGUACAUUGAGAUAUCACACUGGCUCGUUAGCUUUUGGUUCUCUUAUUAUCGCCAUUGUGCAAAUCAUUAGAGCUGGUUUAGAAUAUCUGGAAUGGAAACUACGAGGGUCAGGACAUGAACCAGGACCUGUAGCGAAGUUUAUUCUGAAAUGUCUCAAAUGCUUCUUCUGGUGUUUGGAGAAGUUUUUGAAAUUUUUAAACAAGAACGCCUACAUCGAGAUCGCUGUAUAUGGAAAGAAUUUCUGUACUUCAGCGAAGAAUGCAUUUUUUCUGCUGAUGAGAAAUAUUUUAAGGGUUGCUGUGUUGGAUAAAGUGACAGACUUUUUGCUGUUCAUCGGAAAACUAACAGUAACAGGCGGAAUGGGUGUUGCAAGUUUCUUCUUUUUCAACAAAAGAAAUGAUUUGAACUAUUAUCUUACACCGGUCAUUAUCAUAACCAUUGGAGCAUGGGUAGUAACGAGUGCAUUCUUUGGUGUUUAUGAAAUGGCCAUUAAUACGUUGUUCUUGUGCUUCUUGGAAGAUUGUGAGCGUCAUGAUGGUUCACCUGAGAAACCUUACUAUAUGUCGAAGAAACUAAAGAAAAUAUUAGGAAAGAAAAACAAAAAAACAGAAGAAGACGAAUAAAUGACGGGUUUUUUGUAUGUUUACGUUUCUAAAUUGACGGCGUCUUUUAAAAGUUCGCGUCUCAUGUUUUAACCACGUAUUUAAAUUAUAUUGCAAAGUUAUAUUGUAUAUUUUUUUGCGCCGAAAUGCCUAAACGUUGUCGUUAAUUUUUCCGGUUUGCAGAAUGUCAACGUCUUAACCAUGUAGAAUUGAUCAUGUCAGCACAUUGAUUAUGUAAAUUCUUUUGUUUUAGUUUUUUUCGUGUAAACGGUGAUUAAGAAACUAUUUUAUAUGAAAUUUUAAAAUCCAACCCUCUCCCCUUGAACUUUUUAUCCCAUUUAAGAUUUGCUUCUACGUUUGGAAAACUUAACGUAGAUAUAAUCUAUUUUGAUUUCUCACUUAAUUGAUAUCGUCUCCCUGAGUUGAAUAAUCUUUGACUAGAUGUUAGAUGUAUAUAUUGACAGAUGUUCAUAUUUGCACACGGACAGUUUUACUUUAGUUCUGGUGUUUUUUAGUAUUUAUACUUAAAUGUUAUCAUGCCCAUGUUUGACACAAAUUUCGCAUAGUUUUUUUAUAUAAAUUAUAGUUGUAUAGUUUUUGUUGAUGCUAGUAACAGCAGUGACGCUUUUGUCAUUUUUACGCCCGUAUUGACGCUGUUUUUAAUUGUCUAACUCUUAAAGACAGUCAUUCAAAAGCAGAUUUCUACUUUCCACCUGCCAAAAAAAAUAAUACCGAAUAUAAUGGUUGUUUUUGCUAAACUUGUCCCACUCGUUUUAAAUGAACAAAUUAGAGUAGUGAAUUGACCUGCAAUUAAACUUUCUUGCAUUUGGAAAUAGUUGUGAAAAUGACACAAGGCCCUUGGCGCACCUCAAACACUUGAUAGAAUGCAUCUUCCUACAACUCACUCAAAGCUGCGACUAGUAUCAUCAAAAUGUUGUGUGAAUAAUAAGAUUGUGAUAUAAAAUUUUGAAAUAUAAAUUAUAAUAACA